CAAAAAUGAGAUUUUGACUCUUUCUGCUAAUGCUAUUAUCUUAUACCUGCUGUAAGUGGCCUCUCAUAGACGCCCUUACAGAGAUGAAUGAGUUGCUGAUGUAUCAAGAAAGUACUCAGAAUAAGUCUCAACAUGAAAGAGUCACACUGAAGUACCAAGAUAUUUUAGAAUUCUAUCAGACAGACACUCAUGAUGGGCAUCUUUUGGGCGUGUUCCAGACCUUAUUCGCUGGUGAUUUCAAUACAACCCUGGAGUUAUUCCGCCAAUACUCCGUUGGAGAAGACAGUAACCUUGAAUCCCUUCGUUAUUUCAUGUAUUUUCUGAGUAACUUCAUUCAAGGUGUCCCAAACCCGUACAACUACACAAAUAUCUCACUUGAAGAGCUGGCUUUUGAAGCUCAAAAGGAUGAAGAUAUACGAAAAUUCAGGAAGGUAGACUUUCUCCUAUUAAUGCACUUCUGGAAGGAGAAUUCACCAAGAAGACAAUCAUCUGAGAGCGAUUUAGGAGAUUACAGAGAUAACUCCAAGCAGCUUGAGAAUGAAAUCUUGACUUACUUAUCAACGAUCCUGGAACUCCAGACCAAUGAGAACAGGUUUUAUGACCUUGAAGGCCUCCGCAUGAUGUCUAAGAGUGAUAAAAAGUGUGAAGAGACCUUGAAAUAUUACCUAAAUCUAGCGAAAACCUCAAGGGAUUACUUUUAUCAAAACCAUGCGAUGCACUCAAUGACUGAUUUGAAUAAUUUUAGUACAAGAGGAAAGAACCUUUCUGCAGAGAAAAUGUUCCAAGCCAAACAAGAUGUUAAUGAUUCGCUUCAGAAAAUGGGUUUUGAAGCCUCAGAUCCUGACUUCAUUGAUUUCUUAAUGACUACUAAUACUUCUGUGAUGGAUAAACAGAUCUUUGGGGAGUUCCGAACUUGGAAAAAUACUAAAAUCCUGGCUAAGAAACUUAUGGACUCGAAUUCUACUGAUGGCAGUAUGAAACAUGAAGAUUUAGAAGUGUCCCUUUUUGAUACCAACCAGUUGAAAUUCGGAGAUGAGGGAAGUGAAGAGAUAAGCUAUUUUAAGGAAAUGGCAAAGCAUUCUACACACUCUGAAUACCACCUUAUCCUAGGAAACCUCUAUCUCCUUGGAAACAAAGCUAAAGGAAUUGAACCAAACCGAUUUCUUGCGUUAUUUUACUUCGAAGAGGCAGCUAAAAGAGGAAGUAAUGUAGCACAUUACAACUUGGGCUUGCUACUGCAGGAGGAGAGCCCUUGGAAAGCUCUAUCUCAUUUCAAAAUAUGUGCUAGAAACAACUUCACAACUUGUAAUCUCGCUCUUGGAACAAUGUACUAUCAAGCAGAAAGAUUUGGUAUUGAGAAGAAUAUCGAAAUGGCGAUUCGCUACCUUGAACUCGCCAAGGACGGUGAGCAUUUUGAAGCAUGCUCUAUCCUGGCUCACAUCUACCUAACAGAGCCAUCGCAUAUCAACAAAGAAGAGGCUUAUAAGAACUUGGAUUACGCUUAUCGAAACGAAUUGGAUAUGAAUGCUAAGCUGAUGAUGAUCUCUUAUUACUAUGAAAACUUGUUCAAGCCCAUUACUCCAACCACUUGUGAUAAAAUUAAUGGGAUUUUACAAGAUUUGGUGGUUUCUAAUGAAGGUGAGAAAUGGUUCAAAUUCGCAUACCAAGUAUACUUUUCAAGUGAUUAUUCACAGAAAUAUCCCACUAACCAUAAAAUCCUGUGGAACCCUGAUCAUGCUCUGUUGCUCUUGUCUUACGCAUCCUUGCUGGGCAACCAAGGUGCUGCCUUUAUAACAGCAAAAAUUUGGGAAAAUGACGAGAAUGUUACUCUCAAGUGAAGAUUUGGAAACAAUAAAAUAUGAGCAAGUUAUUUCUAUCUUAGGUUUUAUUACAGCUCUCCUGAGCAUACUUUCAUCGGAGUGAAAGCAGCAGAUCUUCUGAUGCAGAUCGAAGAGUUUGAUCAGCCUCCCGAGAAUCCUGAUUUCAUCCCAUUCAUGCAAGGACUGAACAAGAAAGUGGCAUUUAAUAUCUACCAUCAGCUAAGUGAGAAGGAUCCGAAGGCAAAGUUUCAGCUUGCUUACUGCUACUAUACAGGACAAGGAACUGAGGUGAAUACAACCAGAGCAAGUGAGGUGUGGUCUUCAAUAGUAUCAGAGGCAUGGCACAACAAGAUCUCAAUAAUGAAUAUCUUCCCUGCUUUCUUUGCAAAGUACUAUAUCGAUCUGGAGAGAUGGGCUAAAUCUUAAAAUAUCCUGUCCAAUUAAAAUUG